CCUCCCAUCCUGCGAGAUGUGACGUCACGUGAACUGCCCGUGUUCGUUCCAGCUGAGCGCGAGGACGGUGGGACGUGGACGUCGCGCGGCCCAAACACAGAAGGCGAAGCUCGUGCGCCCGUGACCGGAUCCAACGGAUAAAAAAAUAAAAAAGUAGAGAGAGAGAGAGAGAGAGAGAGAGAGAGAGAGGAAACGAUACGCUCCUCCCCCUCCGACGGACGACAGGAGAAACACAAACACAACUUGGCAUUUGACAAAUUGAGACCGUACUUUCGUGCCUGCGCUUUUCCUUCGUUGGUUUUUGUUGCGGCGAACAUUAGCCACUGUUUUUGGGUUCGAACCCGGGAUAUUAUUUUGUUUUAUCUUUAAGCUGUACUGUUUUUUGCUGCGGAUUUCACUGUUAUUUUCUCGUUUGUUAUGGAGACUCUGACUGUCCCUCCCACACUGGACCGCCGAGAAUAAAAACUGGAGCCACUCAGUUAAAAAAAAACCCCAAAGCCAACUCUCAUGGACAACUUCAACGACAUUUCUGCAAGCGCUUAAUCACUCAAGUGGUUCGUCACAGUCGUCCUCUUGGGGGCCUUUCUACGUCACUUCGCCUCCCUCCUUCAGUGCCCCAGGUGUCUUUGCGCGAUCUGGUCUGGUUCAGGAUGUCCAGGCAGCUCUCCCAGCUCCCGACCCCCGACCUUCCUGCAGGAGCAAGCCCACAGUUUGGAAGCUGCACUCAGCCUGCAGGCUCCCUCACAGGGGGACACCUCAGCUCUAUGGCAGGACUAAAAUCCUUACUGCAGCACCCCGUGAAGGGAGACCAGCGUCUAAAAAACGCCUGUGAGGUCAAAGCAGACAAAGACAGAUCCCUGGACCUGGAUGAAGACUCCUUGGGAGCAUGCCCCAUGAGGAAUGGGAGUGGAGCAGUCAGUAGUAAUGGCUGUGCAGGAGGUGGUGUAAAUGGUGGAGGAAAUUUCAACCAGUUCUUGGGGCCUUUCUUGUGGGAUCGCACCCUACCUGCAGAUGGAGGCCUCUUCCAGCUUCAGUACAUGGACUUGGAGGAGUUUCUGACUGAAAAUGGAAUGGGCAACAUCCACAACAACAACAGCUCGAGUUCAGCCCAGAUCCCCUCACAGAGCUCUCAGUCGGCCGUGCCCAACCAGAGCUCUCAGUGCCUACCGUCUUCAUCCCCGCCCUGCUCUUCAUCCUGCUCACCAUCUUCUUCUUCUUCUUCCUCUUCACUCAUUGGUUUGGAAGUUGCUCAGGCUCAGAGUCUUGCAGGAGGAAGUGACUGUCUGCAUGGGAGUCAAACGAGUAUGAAUGACUCCUGUGAGUCGCCCUCUUCCUCUUCCUCGUCCUCCUGUCCGCCGCUGCUGACACCUACGGGCAGCGGGCCAGAUGCCACUGGGAUGUUUGAUUUGGAUUCUUCAGAUAUGGCCGUGUCCAGUGUUUCUGGCCAGCACAGCUUUGACCCCAGGAGGCAGUGCUUCACUGAGGAAGAGCUCAAACCACAGCCGAUGAUCAAGAAGGCUCGCAAGAUCUUGGUGCCUGAUAACUUGAAGGAUGAGAAGUACUGGACCAGGAGGUAUAAAAAUAAUGAAGCAGCAAAGCGUUCCAGAGAUGCUCGUCGUCUUAAGGAGAACCAGAUUUCAGUGCGCGCUGCGUUCCUGGAGCGAGAGAACGCUGCCCUCCGACAAGAAGUGGCAGAGAUGCGGAAGGAACUCGGCCGCUGUCGCAACAUCCUUAGUAAAUACGAAAACCGUCUCGCUGACCAGUGAUGAAGGGUGAAUGGACAUCGAGAAGAGGAGGAGUCAGAUGGAUGAAUUCCAAAGACUGAUUUUUAUGGCGGGACAGUGGACAGAACGGCGCGAUGAUGUUUGUAAUGAUGAAUGUAUAGGACAAGACAAAGGCUUGCGUGCUGAAGCUCAGGUGUCUUGGUUUGUGGAGGCGUCACGUGGUUGCUCUUAAAAGUGAUUGAUGGGGAAAAUAAUUUAAUAGAUGAAAGAUGUGACUUUUAAGAGUUUUGUUAUUGGAGAAUUGUAUAUUUUUAUAACACUUGAGAAAAUUUAGAUGGAGAGUAAAUUUGGAAAAUAAUUUUGUAUAUUUUCUACAUGACUGGGACAUAGAGAUGCUACGGUUAGUGUCUUUUUAUUAGCCAGGAUAUGUUUAGUGGUUGGUCAGUCAUCAAAGGUUAUUUUUCAACUUCGUUGUACUGAGGAUGCAGCAGCAGCCAGGGCAAGGAUGCAUGUAUCAAUUGUAAUAUAGAGAGCAACAUUAUCUUAAACUUGUGUAGUUCAACAUUUUUGUGGAUUUUACUCAAGCAUUUCUUUUUUUUUUUUCUUUAAUGUUCCCAUCACUGGGAAUGGGCAUGCUGAGACAGAGAAAGAAUGAGGAGACACCAUGUAUACAUUGUUUGUUAUAUUGUUUGUUUGUUUGUUUUUUAAUAGAAUGACUUCAUUAUAUUUAAUUUACUUUGUGCUUAAGCUCCAUGUUUACCAUUCCCAUCAAUAGCAGCUGGUUUUUCCUUUUCAAAUCGGUACAUCUCUGUCCUUUCCCAUUCUGCUGUUUUUGACUGUUUCUUUUCCUCAGUCCUUGUUGAGUGUUGAGAAUUUCCGCUGUUUUUUGUUUUUUUUUUAUAUUACCAAUGUGACGGCAGCCUUUUUGACGUUUAACAUUGGUUGUCCCGAUUGUUUUUUCCAAAUCGUUUCCGUAGCAAAUCACUCUCCGUCCAGCUUCAUCCAAAUACAAUCAAACCCCUCACAGGUGCACGCCAACUCCACCCACAAUAAUGUGUCCUCUUUCUCUCUCGUACCUGGACACUUACUGUUAAAUAUCAGUGUUGUAAUGUACUCUGAAAUAUUAAUCACUUUUCCAAAUAAAAUGCACAUUGUAACUUUACUGUACUUCAUGAACACACUUUAAUUAACUUUUUUUUUUUCUCGAGGGAGGAGAAGUUUUGUAUAUUGAGUAGGCCUAUGCUAUUUUGUGUAUUUGAUAUGUAUUCCAGGAGAUGGGUGUAAGUGUUCCCAUUGAGUGGAAUGGUGUUCAUUUCUCAGAUUUCUGUGAGAAAUAAAAGUAUUAGUAAAAAAAUUUUUUCCUGCAUUGAUCCGCGAAGCUUGUUGCUAUUUUAGUGCUUUUUGAGUGCUUCGCUGUUCUUACUCCUUAUUCCUGUUACCUAUCUAUACUUUUUACUGUAUCUACACUGAGAAAGGGGCGUGGCUAACCACAUCAUGCUCCUGAAGCUAGAGUGUUCUUUUAAUCCCCUCAUUGACCAUGAUGAAUAGUUACUAUUACUGCUAACUGUUCUUAUUCUGAUUGUCAUCCUUUUCUAUUCUGUAUUAUUGAAAUUAUUUUUCUUUCUUUGGUUAAGAAUGAUUGUUGCACCUUGAAACAUAUUUGAUCUUCAGUGUUCCUCUACAAGACUUCCAACAAAAACAUUUCUGCUGUUUGCAUCAUAUUUUAGAUCUUCAGGCAUUCUUCUGUGGACGUCCCCAAUGGAAGACCAUCUUUGUUUCGUUUUUAACCACAGAUUUUCCAAACAUGGCUCCAUACCUUGAACGUGAUGCUCACACAGCCUUGAUCGAUUGACCCUUUGCGUUCUCCGGCUGUGUUUGGACUAUAAACACUAUGUACAUGCUCCCUGUUGGUUUCUUUCAACCUUUAGCACAUCGGUACAUUGGUCAAUGAUUGUUUGCUCUCCCAGUAGGAAGUAGUCUGUAAUAUCCUAACAGAUGUGGCUGAUAAAUUUUAUAGUGAUUCUAACUGAACUACAACUGUCCUGCUGCAUCAGUAGUGCCCAUGGCUCCUAGCGCACUACGUGUUGGUUAUUUGGAUGUAGUCAAGAUUUCCCUAAAACACCAAUAAAAGAUUGUUCUCAU